GUCACGUGUUCCAGCCAGCUUGGUAAGUGAUGCUGUACCAGCAUCAUCUGUGGAGAGCUACCAGUCAGGCCAGUGAGUCCAUACAGCGAUGGUGGUGAGAGCAUCAGAGCCAGUGGUUCACCUGGUUUCAUCAAAGCUGCUGCAGGAAUGAUCUCCGGUAUCUUACGUUGGACCUGACGAAGCCUCAGACUGACUCAGAACCAGAAACCAGAGUUAUCCCCCAUCCCGAAGACAGAACCAGAACCCUCCACGGUAUCUGUUCAGUGCAGUUUCCUGAUCUGUCCAGCAGGCGUCAGCAGCGUCUCUUUACAGGAAAACAGCAACCGUAAUUAUCUUCAGAGAAGAGGGAAAACAUUUCUUCCACUGUUUCAUUAACGCUCCGCAGAGACAAACAGAUCCGUUUCACCAUGGACGUCCCCGGAGCGGAUAGUGACUGGAGGAAGCCCGCAUUCCGGCAGAAAGUCGUGGCUCAGAUUGAAGACGCCAUGAGAAAAGCAGGAACUGUGAACAAGUCCAGCUCUGAGAUGGAGAACCACGUUUACGUCAAAGCCAAAACCAGAGAGGAGUAUUUAUCCCUGGUGGCAAGGCUGAUCAUACAUUUCAGAGACAUCCAUAAGAAGGCUCUGGGAGGUCCAGAUCCCAUGAAUGCCCUGACUAACCUGACAGGGGUUGGAGGGGGCCCAGGCGCCAUCGGCAUGGGGCCUCGCCCUGCCGGCGCUCCAGUGGGUGGCAUGGGGGCCAUGGGGCCAAUGCAGAUAGGCCAGCAUGCCAUGGCUGGGGUGGCUGGAAACCCACAAGCCAUCGGAGGUCCGGGUCAGAUGCCCAUGCAGCAGAUGGUGCAGUUCCAGCAGUUCCAGCAGGCCCAGCAGCAGCAGCAGCAGCAGCAGCAGCAGCAGUUACAGCAGAUGAGGCAGAUGCAGCAGCACCAGAACCAGCAACAGGCCCAGAACCAGCAGCAGCAGAACCAGAUGCACCCGACACAGAUGCAGCACCAACAGCAGAUGCUGCAGCUCCAGGCCCAGGCCCAGGCCCAAGCUCAAGCCCAAGCUCAAGCCCAAGCUCAAGCUCAAGCUCAAGCCCACGCUCAAGCCCAAGCUCAAGCCCAAGCUCAAGCCCAAGCCCAAGCCCAAGCCCAAGCCCAAGCCCAAGCUCAAGCUCAAGCUCAAGCCCAAGCUCAAGCCCAAGCUCAAGCACAAGCUCAAGCCCGAGCUCAAGCUCAAGCCCAGGUCCAGGUUCAGGCCAUUCAACAUAUGGUCCAGCAGCAGGUUCCGCCUCAGCCAGGACAGAUGCCUCCACAUGCUCAGCAGCAACAGUCCGGCAUGGUCUCUCAGUCUCUGGCAGGACAGAUGAACCCAGCUCAGCAUGUUCCCAUCAACUCUCUGAGCCAACAGCAGCAGCAGCAGCUCAAGAUGCAGGCCUUCCAGGCCCGUGCAACCCUCCAGCAGCAGCAGCAGCAGCAGGCAGCCCAGCAGGCCCAGGCACAGCUCAACGCCGCCGCCACCGCACCUGGACAGCUGGUUCGUCCUGGGAUGCAGAAUCUGGCCCGGAUGCCUCGAGCUGCUCCGAAUGCUCCCGCCGUUUCUAUGGCUACAGGACCGGCGAUGACGCAGCAGGUGCAGCAGCACACCAUGAUGUCAUCGCCCUCACCUGUACAGGUCCCCACGCCACAGAUGCCGCCUCCUCCCCAGCCGUCACCUCAGCCCCCCACCUCACAGCCCAACUCUGCCAGCUCUGGUCCUACUCCAUCUCCAGGCAGCUUCCAGCCCAGCCCGUCUCCUCAGCCCUCCCCCAGCCCUGCCACCUCCAGAACCCCCCAGAACUAUGGAGUCCCCUCACCAGGACCACUCAACACUCCAGGUAACCCCAGCUCGGUGAUGAGUCCGGCCGGAGCCACGUCUCUGGAGGACCAGCAGUACAUGGAGAAACUGAAACAGCUCUCCAAAUACAUCGAGCCGCUGCGCCGGAUGAUCAACAAGAUCGACAAGAACGAAGACAGAAAGAAGGACCUGAGUAAGAUGAAGAGUCUGCUGAACAUCCUCACUGAUCCAAACACCAGGUGUCCUCUGAAGACGCUGCAGAAAUGUGAGAUCGCUUUGGAGAAGUUGAAGAACGACAUGGCUGUGCCGACGCCCCCUCCCCCACCAGUCGCCACCAAGCAGCAGUACCUGUGUCAGCCGCUGCUCGAUGCCGUCAUGGCCAACAUCCGCUCCCCGGUCAUCAACCACUCUCUGUACCGGACCUUCGCCCCCGCCAUGACUGCCAUCCACGGACCGCCCAUCACGGGCCCCAACGUCUCCGGGAGGAAGAGGAAGCACGAGGAUGAAGAGCGUCAGACCAUCCCCAACAUACUGCAGGGAGAGGUAGCUCGGCUGGACGUCAAGUUCCUGGUCAACCUGGACCCGUCCUUCUGCAGCAACAACGGCACCGUCCACCUCGUCUGCAAGCUCGAUGAUAAGAAUCUUCCCAGCGUUCCUCCCCUGCAGCUCAGCGUUCCUGCCGAUUAUCCGGAUCAGAGCCCGCACUGGGCCAACGACGGCGAGCAGUACGGUGCAAACAACUUCCUUCAGACGGUCCACAGAAACAUGACGUCCAAACUGCUGCAGCUGCCAGACAAACACUCUGUGACGGAGCUGCUUAACACCUGGGCUCAGAGCGUCCGCCAGGCCUGCCUGUCCGCUGCCUGAAGCCCCGCCCACCUGGGUGGCCCCGCCUGCCUGGAUGGCCCCACCCACCUGGGUGGCCCAACCUGCCUCGGUGAACCCUCUGUUUCCAUGGAUAGCACAGGCCCACCAAAGCCUUGACUUUGUUUCCAGGGUGAAUGAUGCACUGCUCACACUGACCAAUCAGCAACCAGUUAGUGUGCUGAGUUUGUCUUCUGUUCCCUGAAUGCAUCACUGUAUAGUUGUAUAUGAUGGAGAAGACGGUAGCUACAGUGAAGCUACAUCUAAGCUAUAGCUAAGCUACGGCGAAGCUACUGCCCUGAUUGUCUUUUACAAAUAAAACCUGUUCCUCA